AUGCUUCCUUCAAGCACUCCACCCUUCACAAACAUUCUCUUACAUAAUCUGAUCAAGAUCCUCAUCAACGGUAGCAGCAUCGGGGAACCCGAAAUCCAGAAUCUCGAUGUAGGUGCGGUCGUUCUUCUGAACAGCAGCAAUGCACCGGCGGAAGUCAGACUUCACUUGCCAAACCUGGCCGUCCACGUCGUCAAGCAAAUCUCUGAUGAACUUACCGGUCUGUGUAUCCCACAUCUUCACCAUUCCAUUGGAGCCGGAGAUAAUGAAGUUGUCGUUGUGUUGGAUACACGUGAUGGCACCGCUGUGGCCACGCAAAACGUGUUUCACGUCUCCCGUGUUAGGAUCCCAGAUUCUCACCGUCGAGUCUGCCGCAGCAGACACCAAUGCGUUCUCGGAAAGAGUGAUCAGUCCAACAAGGUUCUGGUGGCCUUCCAAGAUGGCGGUUGUCUCGCCAGUGUUCAGAUCCCAGAUCCGCACAGUGUUGUCGGCAGAACCCGUUACACACCGGUUUUUCUUCACGUCCAAGACACAGCUGUAAAUCUUGUCGGUGUGACCAGAAAGCACCCAUUUGCAGUCUCCAGUACGGAGGUCCCAGACACGGGCAUUGGUAUCGUAACUUCCGUUCAACAGGACGUUGGCGAACCCACAAACGGCGCGAAUAGGUCCGUUGUGGCCACGCAGAACCUUCACCAAAUACUUGUUGAAGUUCUCAUCCAGAUCGACUGGCUCGUCUGGCAGCUUGUCGUCCUCUCCAGUGAUUGGUUCCAGGAUGUCCAGACAUCUCACAGUAGAGGUGUGACCACGGAAAAUAUGGGUACACUUUCCCUGCUUGAUAUUCCAGAUCCGCACCGUACGGUCUGUGGCUCCUGUAGCCAGGAUGUUUCCCAGGUAUUUCAUUGCCCACACUCCUCCUGUAUGGCCAGAGAGCACAGAUCUAAGCUUACCGGUGUUUGUAUCGUAGAUGGUGAUGGUAUGAUCGUCGGAACCAGCAACUAUCUUUUCGUCGUCGAACUGCAGACAUGUAAUUACAUUGGGGCCCUGCCCUGGCAAAGUAAUACGACGAGGCUGGAAGCUGGGAUCUCUCCAUCUUUUGCCGACCGCAAGUCGGCGUCUGUACAUCAAUUUAGUGAGUUGGCAACUGUUGAGACCUUGGUGGAUAUUUUUCAUCCAGUUGUAUUCACCAUCAAACUCUUCGGCACUGGUCAUGAAUCCGUCUCGGAAAAGCAAGUCUUUCCAGAAAUCAUAGCCAAAGAUCUUCAUGGUGAUUUCGGAUGGCAACAACGUGACCAAAUCUUUCCUGAGCGAGCUCCGUAUGAGGUCCUGGAACGUGGACAAUGCUGUUCUAUCGGUUUUUUGAAGCAGGGACCAGAGAAUAUGGUUGAUUUCAGAGGAGCCACUAGGAAGCAUGCUGAUCAUCUGGGUAAUGAGCUUGACCAGCUCUGCUUUUUGCUCAACAGUUUGAACGGGUUGGCUUUCGGAGGCGUACUCGUCCAGCUCCUGCACGUUGCCAGAUUGUAUCGGGGACGCGCUAGGCGAGGGAAGUGGCAAUUGCUGGAGCUCGUCGCUGAAGUUGGACGAGGUGUUGAUGACGUAGUUUGA